ACAAUAUGUCGUGGGUACCCACUCGAACGAUAAAAGAUAGACUGCAUAUUCAUAUGUAGUUGUGUAUCUGACUGAAUAAACCAAGAAUCGUUUGAUCUUAGGUUAAGGUGACUGAGGUCAGGUAAUGGCGAGUGACAACAAUAAGCUGCACAUCGUCCUGUUCCCAUGGCUUGCCUUUGGCCAUCUCAUCCCCAACCUCGAGCUCGCAAAGCUCAUGGCUGAGAAAGGUCACCUAGUGAGCUUCGUGUCUACUCCAAGAAACAUCCAUCGCCUUCCAGAACUACCUCCUCACUUGACUCCUCUCAUCAAAUUCGUCAAGCUUCCAUUACCUAAAGUCCUCAACCUUCCUCAUGACGCCGAGGCCACCUCCGAUGUUCCCUACAACGUUGUCCAGUUCCUCAAGAAAGCCUACGAUGAACUCCAACAACCCAUGACCCGGUUUCUUGAAUCUGCCAAGCCCGACUGGAUCAUCUACGAUUUCGCUCCUUAUUGGAUUGGCUCCAUUGCUUCCAAACUGGGAAUCAAGAGUGCCUUCUUCAGUAUUUUCCCUGCAACGUCUAUGGGUUUCAUUGGAUCGGUUUCGACUUUGAUGGGAACUGACGAUGACAACAGCCGCAAGACACUCGAAGACUAUUUGGUUCCGCCGCCGUGGGUUCCAUUUCCGACCACCGUAGCGUUCCGAUACUUCGAAAUCAUGAGAAUAUCUGACUCUUUUUCCGACGACAACGACUCGGGUGUUUCCGAUGUUUAUCGGUUCGCUGCAUCUUUCCAAAACUGUGACAUAAUAUUGAUUAGAAGUUGCUUAGAAUUUGAAGGAGAAUGGAUUGAAGUCGUCAAAAACCUUCACCGGAAACCGGUUCUACCUGUCGGCCAACUUCCCAGCACGGCCUACGAUGAUGGUGCCGAAAAUGAGACAUGGCGGUGGAUGAAAGAAUGGCUGGACAAGCAAAACAAAGGCACGGUGGUGUACGUGGCAUUCGGGAGCGAAGCCAAGCCAAGGCAAGAAGAAGUGAAGGAGAUAGCUCUGGGUUUGGAGAAGUCGGAGCUACCAUUUUUAUGGGCGUUGAGAAUUCAACGCGGCCCCACCGACCCGGAGGUUCGACGGUUGCCGGAAGGGUUCGAGGAACGGACACGAGGACGUGGCAUCGUGUGGACCGGGUGGGCCCCGCAGCUGAAGAUAUUGAGCCACCAGUCUGUGGGUGGGUUCUUGUCUCACUCCGGCUUGUCGUCGGUGGUGGAGGCGAUCCAGAACGAGAAGCCGCUCGUGUUUCUGACGUUUUUGGCAGACCAAGGAUUGAUCUCAAGAGUGUUGGAGGAGAAGAAGAUGGGAUAUUCGAUACCGAGGGACGAGCGAGACGGGUCGUUCACGAGUGAAUCGGUCGCCGAUGCACUGAGGUUGGUUCUGGUGGAAGAAAGGGGAAGGAUAUACAGAGAAAAUAUGAAAGAGAUGAAGGACAUAUUUGUAAAUAGAGAGAGGCAGAACAGAUACGUGGACGGCUUGCUAUCUUAUCUUAGAGAGAAUAGAAACGCGAGCAUUAAUUAAAGUGGUCAUGGCAUCAGGAAAUCUGAAGAGAACACGCAGUGCUUGCGUCGCCAAGUUAGAAAAUGAAAUAAUUCGUCUUGGAAUGAGGUGAUUUUUAUUAUAUUACUCCGUCUUUAUAUGUGUAAGUAAAAUUAUCAUUUUUUAUUUAACUUUUUAUAUAAAUAAAAUUUUAUAUUUCAAUAAAUAUUUUUUACAUAUUUUUUAAAUCACUCUUUAUAAUUUAUAUUAAUAAAAAAUAAUUAAUACAUGUUUAUAUUAAUAAAUAUAUUUUAUUUUUUUAUUUUCAAACAUUAUUAUUUAAUAAUUUUUUUAAAUUGUGUGGUAUAAUUUUUUUAUAUAUAUAGAAGUGGAGAGAGUAACAAGUUUAUUACAAAUUUUUGUAAGUUUCAGAUAAAGAGAUAAUCAAUAUAUAUUAGUAGUUAUAUGAACAAAACAAACUACAUGAUCAAUAAAUGAUACGUAAUAACCCAUAAUGAAGAGAAAUGUAUGGUGAUGACAAAAUAGAUAAAUUUUAAACACAGAUAAAAUGAAUGCAACAAAUUCUUCUUCUUUUUCAAAAAAAAAAAAGCAAGAUAGACGGAAAAAAAAAAUCAAAAUAGAGUAUGAUAUCUCAUGGGAUAGAUGGCUGUCAGACAUCAAUUAAAUUAUUAAAAAUUUCUUUGUAUUUCAUUUUUUUUUUAUGAGAACCUUGUACUGCAUUAGAAGUAAUAUUAGUAGCUUUAUAAUC